AAAUUUGAGCAAAUGCCCUAAUACCCUAAUAAUUUUGGGGAUUUCAAUUUGAAAUUCUGUUUUCAAUUGUGCUCUCGUCAUCUCCAGUGGAAUCAACACUUUUGCAGGUUGAGAGGUGGACGUUAGAAUAAAUAGAAAAUGAACAACUCUUCUGCAGGGCCAUCCUCAAAAGCUAGAGUAGGAGCAUCACAACCUUCAGAAAGUUCACUUAAGAGGAAACGUGGCAUGUUUCAGAAAGAUUUGCAACACAUGAUGUAUGGUUUUGGAGAUGAUAGCAAUCCACUUCCAGAAACUGUGUCACUUGUGGAAGACAUCGUGGUGGAUUAUGUCACUGAUAUGGUGCACAAAGCUCAGGAUAUUGCAACCAAAAGGGGGAAGCUUUUGACCGAGGACUUUCUGUUCUUAAUUAGAAAGGACUUGCCGAAACUUAACCGGUGUACAGAACUGCUGUCCAUGAAUGAGGAGCUGAAACAAGCUCGGAAGGCUUUCGAGGUCGAUGAAGAGAAAUUGGCUUCACAUCAGUGAGGGGGAAGUGUGAUCUUAGUUCAGAAUGACAAAUUGAGUGGCACCAUAGGACCAGUAUACAAUUUACCAACACUGGAGUAAAUAGCCUGCUUGUUCUCAUUUUUCUCUAGCACAAUAGAUGUCGGAGUCACCUUGUAGCUGCGUUUUCUCUAGCACAAUAGAUCCUCAAUGCUGAAAUCAGUUUCUUAAGUGUUCUUUUGGUGCAUUGAACGCCACCUGUGUGUAGUUUGACAGUUCUAAAGAU